ACAGCCCUCCCUCAUUCCCAAUCUUCACACUGUCUCAUCUUCGUUUUCCCUUCUCUCUGUAAAUUCCCCUUGGCUCUCAAGAGCCCCAAAGUUUGUAAUUUUCUCCUUCUCUUUCGUUGCAAGAGCUCCAAAAGCUCGAAUUUUUGGAUCUGAUUUUGUUAGAUUUUAUAUGGGUGUUAAAGUUCUCAGUCCCCAGAAUUGCCUCAAAGACUCUGUCUCACCUCAAGUACUGAUGAAUUCCAAUCGAAGCCCUAACCCUAAUCGGGUCAGAACCUCCCCACAAGCCGACCGGACUAAGCGAAGGCCGACCAGGCCCAACAACCACCCAACCCCGCAGGUCCAGAAACCCGCUGCCCCCAAGAAUGUCGUGAUGGGCCAGGUCAAAAUACUAAAACGCGGCGAGGAAAUCCCCAAAGCGGCCCCGAUUCAGCCACCACCGAAGCAGAAUCUCCAUCCCCAAGUUCCGGAUCUCGGAUCCACCAGCCGGAUGGGUCCUGACCCGAAGAUGGUACCGAUUCCUCCGAAGCAGACCAAGUUCCCGGAGCCGAACUGGGCUUCCGGGUUCUACGCCGGGUCGUCGUCGUGCAUAGCUGCGCCUCCCCCGAGUUCCCUACCUCUGCCGUCGUUCUUCGCAAAGAAGAGCGCCCCUUCAAGCACCGAUGAAGCUGCAAGCGUGCUGCUUAAACUUCUGCGGCUCAAUUUGUCGUAGAAGGGUCGCCGGUCCAUGGCGGACCAAGCAUGUGCAGCAGUGUAGAGACCGCGUUUGGCUAAUGUUCGUGUUGUGUGAUUAUCGCCCUUCCCCUUAUUUUUUCGUGGGAAGAGAGAUGGAUGAGGUCACAAUUCGACCUAACGCUUUUUCUUCUUUUUAGAUUAAUUUAUGGGUUAGGGAUUUUAAUUAUGUGCAGCAGUAGUUGGUAACUUGGGUUGGCUCCAAUUUUUAGCAUUUUGUUUUCAAUUAAAUUAGGGUUGGGUUGCUUUUAUUUUUGUGUCGUACUAUUUAAGGUUGAGAGGUAUAGUUUUUUAGGAGCUGUUUCUGUUAAAUAAGGGUAUAUUUUGUGUACAUGUAUCCACAAGUUUUUACGAUGUAGUUGCAAGCAAUUUGUUAAGUCUAAUUUGGUUUUUAAUUCCAUUGGUGUUUUGUC